AUGGCCGAGGCCAACUGGACGUCCGUCUCCGAGUUCGUGCUCCUGGGCCUGUCCGAACGCCAGGACCUGCAGCCGCUGAUCUUCGCGGGGUUGCUGGCCACCUAUCUGGUGAACCUAAUCGGCAACUCCGUGCUGCUGCUGGCGGUAUGGGCUGACCCCCAGCUCCACAGCCCCAUGUAUUUCCUCCUCAGCCAGCUGGCCGUGGUGGACGUGAGCUUUGCCUCCAUCACCCAGCCCCAGGCCCUGGUGCAUGCCCUGACCCAUCAUCGGACUGUCCCCUUCACCAGCUGCAUGGCCCAGCUCUUCCUCUUCCUGGCCAUGUGCAACAUGGAGGGCUACCUGCUGGCUGCCAUGGCCUACGACCGCUACGUGGCCGUCUGCGACCCACUGCGCUACUCUGCCGUUGUGACGCGGUCCCUGUGCCUCAAGAUGACGGCUGCUUCAUUGGCCGUGGUGAUCCCGCACUCCCUUCUGCACACUCUCAUGGCCACUCAGCUGAGAUUCUGCAGCAACCGCCCGCAGCAUUUCUUCUGCAACCUGCAAAUCCUGCUGCGCCUCUCCUGUACCUGGCCCUAUGUCCACGAGCUGGUGCUCGGCACCGAGGGCGUCUUCGUGGUGCUGGCCCCUUUCGCCUUCAUCCUGACCUCCUACAUCCGCAUCGGGAUGGCCGUGGCCCGCCUGCGCUCUGCCCAAGCCCUGCGCAAGGCCCUCUCCACCUGCAGCUCCCACCUGGCCGUGGUGACACUCUUCUACAGCACCGUGGUCUUGCCCUAUGUAAACCGAGACUCCAGAAACGCCCCGGAGCGUGACCGGGUGGCGGCCAUCUUCUACACAGCUGUGGCACCCGCCCUGAACCCCCUCAUCUACAGCCUGAGGAACAAGGACGUGGCCGCGGCCCUGAGGAGGGUGAGGAGGAAGUUCCUGGCUCAGGGCAAAUGAGACCAGCCCACGGCUCCAUCGCAGCACUGGGCAUGGACUUUCCACCCAAGAUGUGUCUGGGAAACCUUCCCUCUAAGGUCCUCCAGGACACCUGUGAUCCUUUCUCCUCAGACAUGAGACUC